AUGCCGCUCCCCGCCGGUCCGGAGGGGUCAUUGAACGCGCGCACGAGCGACUUAGUGGGCACGGAGCCCUGUGACGAGGAAGACGCGGCCGGUCACAUUAACGUGCCAGGUCCCGGAGGCAAUGGUCCUGACCCCACCCCACCACCUAGUGACAGCACCACCGCCUGCCUCGACGACGACCGACUCAACCAACUCAUUGACCAGCGACUCAAACACCCAGAACGAGAACAUCAAACUGUACACAACCAGGAGGCUGGACCUGCCCGAACGAGGCACCCUAGAGCCAGAGAACGGGGCAGGGCACACAGCGACCAGGAAGAACGAAUCAGCUCCAGCAAUGGCUUCCUCCCACUCGCCGUCUUGCCGGGCCACGAUGACGAAGCCGCAACCGACGAGGCGACUCAAGACAUGGUCUCCCUCCCCGAAGUCGCGCCUGGGACCGAAGUCGUCCCCGAGCAAAACGCUGGCGCCAACGGCGACGACGACGACGACGAGGAGAAGACUACCCUGGAAGCGGAGCAACUCGGCGGCGAUGAGCAGGCCGCACAUGAACAGGAAGAGGAACCCGCUCCCGAGGAGCAACCCGCUCCCGAGGAGCAAACCGCUCCGGAGGAGCAACCGGCUCCGGAGGAGGAGGAGGAGGAGGAGGGGGAAGAGCUGACUGUUCCCGAAGAGGAGGGGGAGACGGUACCCGUUGAAGAGACCACGACGACCAAGAUUGCGACCACCAGUAGAACCGACACAGAGACGACCGCCGCUGAAGAAGAGGAGACUACCUCGGCAGAGGAAGAGACUACCCCGUCAGAGGAGGAGACUGCCUCGGCAGAGGAGGAGACUGCCUUGGCGGAGGAAGAGACUACCCGGUCAGAGGAAGAGACUACCCGGUCAGCGGAGGAAGUGACCUUGUUGUUGGUGGAGGAGGAGGCGGCGACGUUGAUUUUGCCUGAGGAGGGUGCGCCAUUGCGUCGAGCGAUUGCGCCGCCGUUGGCUCCAUCAUUUUCGCGUUUGCAGAAUUUGGUGGAGAACGUGGCGAAGACGCCGUUGACGGAGGAGGAGGAGGCGGAGUCGGCGCAGACGGAGGGUGAGUUGUUGCCGUGUUUGUUACGGCCGGGUGGGUGCGAAGUGGAGGACCGGACGCCGUCGGAGACGAAGCCGUCGGGGAAGCAGGGUCAGGUGUUGAAGAAGACGCAAGCUCAGAUUGCGAAAUCGGUGACGAAAUUGCAGAAGGAUUUAGACAUGCGAACAGCAGAGGUGGUUAAGGAGAUAGAGCGACGGGCGGCUGAAAUGCGGCGUGAGAUUGCACAGGAGGCAGAGCAGGUGAUUGAAGCCGUGAAAUAUCUUGUUACAAUCCUUGCAGACUCGGUCACUCGCGCGGACGAAAUGGGCGAAGGUUUUGUACGAGAAUGGUUCGAUGACGCCAGCCAGCGCUACGUAGGCACCACUGCCAAACCAUUGGACGCCGAAAUCAACACCUGGGAAGCCGACUUUAAACAAGAAAAUAAAGGCGCACAUAAAAGCAUGGUCGACCAACUCAAAGCCCGGGUCGAAAAAACUCGGAAAAAAUAUGGACAACCAAGAGACACUAGUGAUAUUAACGCCGAACUCGGUCUAGAAGACCAGCAAACCGACCAGCCGGAGCCGGAGGCGAAGGCCGAGGGGAAGGCGGAGGCGAUGUCGAAGGCCGAGGUGAUGGCGGAGCCGGAGGCGAAGACCGAGGUGAUGGCGGAGCCGGAGGCGAAGACCGAGUCGAAGAAGAAAGGGAUUGAGAAGAACCAGAAAAAGGAGGCUGAGGGGGAGGCAGAAGAAAGUGACCAACAGGAAAAGUCUUUUCGCAAACGAGUUUCUACUACGCCCACUCCAGAGGAUGCCGACUUCACCGAAGAAUUAAAAGAAGGCCAAGCUAAGGACUUCCAGAAUCUAUCGGCUCCGUUGGCCCGGUAUGGAUUUAUAGAUGCCGCCUGA